UCAACACAUCCCCCAGGUCCCAGCCCGGAGAGGUUUGCUGGAUUUCUUCCAUCCUAUGGGUCGUUGUGUCUCUCGGGCCAGCAGCAGAAGAGCAGGAAGCCCUGAUCUGCAGGAGUUAUAGAUCGGCCAGCUGGCAGAGGAUCAAGCUUGUAAUUCACCUCAAGGUGAUAGUGGGCUCAGAGGCAGGGGGUGGUGCAGCAGCUCACUCCCUACCUGUCAGUAGCAGCUACAAGGGAAGGGCCUGGCCUCUGCCUCCCCACAGCUAUGGACUGACACGUGGUACAUGCUGAGGGGGCUCUCUCUCCAGAGCUGCGGAGAGUGUGGGUUUCACCAUGUUGGCACCAGGCGGUGGCCCAGAGCAGAGGAGCAAGCUUGUCCUGCAAUGGAGGCAGGUCUCCUGGAUCACCUGCUGGAUUGCCUUGUGUGCUGUGGAGGUGCUCCCUGCCUGCCCCUUCUCCUGCACAUGUGACAGUCGCAGCUUGGAGGUGGACUGCAGUGGCCUGGGUCUCACCACUGUACCUCCGGAUGUGCCCGCGGCCACCCAAAGCCUUUUGCUCCUGAACAAUAAGCUGAGUGCCCUACCAAGCUGGGCAUUCGCCAACCUGUCCAACCUGCAGCGACUGGACCUGUCCAACAACUUUCUUGACCAGCUCCCCCGGUCCAUUUUCGAGGAUUUGGUCAAUCUGACAGAGCUCCAGCUUCGGAAUAACAGCAUCAGGACCCUGGACAGGGACCUGCUCCAGCGCUCCCCACUACUUCGACAUCUGGAUUUGUCUAUCAACGGCUUGGCCCAGCUGCCCCCGGGGCUUUUUGAUGGGCUCCUGGCUCUNCGCUCCUUGUCCCUCCGCUCCAAUCGUCUGCAGAGCCUGGACCGGCUGACGUUCGAGCCCCUGGCAAGCCUGCAGCUGCUUCAGGUNGGGGACAACCCGUGGGAGUGUGACUGCAACCUUCGGGAGUUCAAACACUGGCUGGAGUGGUUCUCCUACAGAGGGGGUCGCCUGGAUCAGCUUGCCUGUACUCUACCCAAGGAGUUAAGGGGGAAGGACAUGCGUGCGGUCCCCAUGGAGAUGUUUAACUACUGUUCCCAGCUAGAGGAUGAGAACAACUCUGCUGGGCUGGAUGCUCCAGGACCACCAUGCACCAAGGCCAGCCCGGAGCCUCCUAAACCUAAGCCUGGGGCUGAGCCUGAGCCCGAACCCAGCACUGCCUGCCCACAGAAGCAGAGGUACCGGCCUGUGAGUGUGCGGCGAGCCAUUGGCACAGUGAUCAUCGCCGGGGUCGUGUGUGGCAUUGUCUGCAUCAUGAUGGUGGUGGCCGCUGCUUACGGCUGCAUCUACGCGUCUCUCAUGGCCAAGUACCACCGUGAGCUCAAGAAGCGCCAGCCGCUGAUGGGGGACCCCGAGGGUGAGCAUGAAGAUCAGAAGCAGAUCUCGUCUGUGGCAUGAGAGCUGUCUGUCUGGCCCAGGUAGGACAGCAAGGAGACUCCAUGGGACUGCUACCAAAAGGGCUGCCCUUCCCUCCAUCACAGGCCCCAUCUCAGCCUGACACUGGGACUGCCUCCCUCAGCUCCCUCGUCCCAAUCUCUUUCCAAGUUUCCCAGAGGCUUCCCUCGGGCCAAAGGUUCCCGUGGAAGGCCUUCUCUGGGCCUCUUGUCUUUGGAACCCCUGAGCCUCGCUGUAGGCUUCUGUCCACAGGGAGCAAAGAACCUACUCUAGAGACAUCAUCUGCACUGAGCACUUCCCUCCUGCCCAGGGCUGCCACAGCUGGUGACUCUCCCUACCUCUUUCUCAUUCCCACUUCAGUCUGCAUUAGGGCCUGGGAGGGAGGGACAGGAGGCCCAAAGGUAGAUUUCUGUGACUCCUUUUAAAGCCAGAAAGAUGUCUCAAGUCCUUUGCAAUGUGAAGCUUGUCCAGUUUAGCCAAUGUGAAACCACCCCAGUCCUGUGAUCUGGGUCCAAUGUUUAGAAAAACCAAAGUGGCUAUAAUGUCCCCCUUGGGUGGAUGUCAUUAUGUCCCUUUAUUGGCUAUAGACUCCUCUGACUACAUUGCUCCAGGUUUACGAAUUCUAUCCAUACUUUUUGUUCUAGCGUGAGGUUUUGAGACAGGGCCUUACUCUAUAUACUAAUUCACUGUCAGGCAGGGCAUCAUUAUAAUGUUCCCACAGAUCAAAGCCACACACACAUACACACACACAUCAUGAGAACUUGGGGCAGAGGCCUGCUAUCCCCUGAGCCUGGAGGCCACAGCCCCUCUUACUUCCUGACUACAGUCUUCCCAUGUCAUCAGGGGUUGGGUCCUGGAUGACAACACAGGGAUCCUUUGAGACCUCUUAAGUGGGCCAAAGUAUGCAGCUGGAGAAAUUGCAUUGUCCUGGCAGCCCUAGCACCUCUCUUGCUAGGUUUACCAGAGGUGUGCGAGUAUGAAUGACAGGUUCCAGGCGACUGAGAGCUCUGUUGCAGACCCCCAGGCAUGCCUGGGAGCCUCUUCCCUGCAGGUUCCAGGUACACCCAGCAGUUUCUACCCCUGCAGCCUGGCUUCUCCUGUCUCCUCUGUCAUCUGCAUCAUUUGUGCAUGACCUCAGAGGCUGGGUCUGGGCUGUGCUCUGAGAUUGGUGUCUCACCUUAAGGAAAGCAGAUGUCAGGCAGUAAGUCCUUGAGAAGGCUGGCUGCCUUCAACACGUCCCCGACAGACUGCAGGAACAGGGACAGGAUGGCUACAUUCUGUUCAGAGUUCUUGGCGAUGGGGCUUUCUUUNCCAGGGGUUCAUCGACUCUGCCUGGUUUCCUGGGAGUGUGCAAUCGCACCUGGACUACCCAGGCUAAAAAAUGGCUGCAGUCCUAUCUGGUUUGGAGAUUCUUGCCCCUGGGCUGUGCACAUUUUCAAGGUCACUGCCCUCUGUUCUAAACUGUCCCCUCCUUAGAGAUUAGAUACCUCUGUAGGAGAUGCCAGACUGAUAUCUUGCCCUGGGAAGGUCUUGGUAGUAGCCAGGUACACACUUAGGCACUGACUAUACACCUAUGAGGGCCUCAGGGCAGCCUCUCAGCCCUCCUUCUUGUCCUCGGCCACCUAUUCGACUAGCAGGGGUGAGUACUGGGAGUCUCAGAAGAGCCUCCAAGGUUGUUCUCUGGCAGGUAGACAGAGAGCACNGGCUGCUGUUCAGGAUCACAGGAUCCUCUAGGCUGGGCCACAGUCUUCCUUCCUCUUUUGGCUGGUGGGCCAAUCCCAGAGCUGGGAUUUUCUAAGGGCCUGGGGGAGGGAGGGUGUUGUCAGUGGUGAUAUCUUUAGCCUGAGACAGAAGAUUUUUAAAGGCAAAAUUAUAUUUCUGGUUUGUCGUUUCAGAAGACCAAUAAAGACUAUUUUCCUAUGUA